AUUAAUAAUAAAGAGAAUAAUAUCAUAUAUCAAAAUUUUACAAAUUUAUGUUCAUUAGAAGACGAAUUUGAUGAUAAUAUAUUACAAAAUAUUAAUGUUAAUAUUGGAAAAUAUUUAUUAUCAAUGUUUUAUUAUAAAGAUAUUAUUUUAGAUAAAAUUAAUUUGAAUAAAUUAGAAUGUUCGGAAUCUGCUAGAAAAGGUGAUCCAAUAGCUCAAUAUAAUUUAGGUUCUUGUUAUCAACAUGGUAAUGGAGUUAUUAAAGAUUAUAAUAAAGCAUUAUUAUGGUAUUCUAAAUCAGCUAAUAAUGGUUAUGCUUUGGGUCAAAAUAAUUUAGGAGAAUUAUAUGAGAAAGGAUUUGGUUGUAAUAAAGAUUAUAAUAAAGCAUUUGAAUGGUAUUCCAAAUCUGCUAAUUAUGAAUGUGCUGAAGGUCAAAAAAAUUUAGGAAAUUGUUAUUAUUAUGGAAGAGGAAUAACAAAAGAUUAUAAUAAAGCAUUUGAAUUGUAUUUGAAAUCUGCUAAUAAUGGAUGCGCUUUAGGUCAAAAUAGUUUAGGUUUUUGUUAUAAAAAUGGUAUAGGAGUAAAAAAAGAUUAUGAUAAAGCAGUUGAAUGGUUUUUUAAAGCUGCUAAUAAUGGGUGCGCUUUGGGUAAAAAUAACUUGGGUGUUUGUUACAGAUAUGGUAUAGGAGUAACAAAAGAUAUUAAUAAAGCAUUUGAUUUAUAUUCUGAAUCAGCUAAUGAUGGGUGUGCUGAAGGUCAAUAUAAUUUAGGAAAUUGUUAUUAUCAUGGAAUUAUAACAGAUGUAAAUUAUAAUAAAGCAUUUGAAUGGUAUUUUAAAUCAGCUAAUGAAGGAUUUAAUCCUACUCAAUAUAAUUUAGGUUAUUGCUAUCAAUAUGGUAAAGGAGUAGCUAAGGAUUAUAAUAAAGCAUUUAUAUUGUAUUAUAAAUCAGCUAAUAAUGGAUUUUGUUCAGGACAAAAUAAUUUAGGAUUAUGUUAUGAGAGAGGAUUUGGAACUAAUAAAGAUUAUAAAAAAGCAUUUGAAUGGUAUUCUAAAUCAGCUGAAAAUGGAUGUGCUGAAGGUCAAAAUAAUUUAGGCUUUUGUUAUGAGAAAGGAUUCGGAACUAAUAAAGAUUAUAAAAAAGCAUUUGAAUGGUAUACUAAAUCGGCUGAAAAAGGAUGUGCUAUUGGUCAACGCGGUUUAGGAAGUUGUUAUUAUUAUGGUAACGGAGUAAGUCAAGAUUAUAAAAAAGCAAUUGAAUGGUAUGUAAAAUCUGCUGGAAAAGGUGAUUCAAUAGCAAAAAAUAAUUUAGGAUGUUGUUAUCUUUAUGGUUGUGGAUUCAUUCAAAAUUAUGAAAAAGCAUUUAAAUGGUUUUCCAGAUCAGCUAAUGAUGGAUGUUCUUUAGGUCAAAAUGCUUUGGGUUAUUGUUAUGAGAAAGGAUUUGGAACAGAUAAAAAUUAUAAUAAAGCAUUUGAAUGGUAUUUAAAAGCAUCAAAUAACGGAGAUCCAAAAGGAUAUUAUAAUUUAGGAAAAUGCUAUCAUUAUGGUAUUGGAACUAGCAUAAAUAUUGAGGAAGCAAUUAUUUUGUACAAUAAGGCCUUAGAUAAGGGAAUUAAAGAUGCAACUAAUGAGUUAAAUAAAAUACUAAAAUUUUGAUCAAAUAACAACAUUUAAUUAUACUGACGUUAUAAUAUAUACU